UCAAGAUGGCGGACGUGGCGAGCCCCUCCCGCCGGGGUGCGGCGGCGUUCUGGAGCAGGGACUUUUCUGAUGAAGAACAAUCAGUAGUAUAUGUUCCAGGAAUUUCUACAGAAGGAAAUACCAAAUCAAGACACAAGUUAAGUCCAAAAGCUGAUGUUAAACUUAAGACUUCCAGGGUUACUGCCUCUUCAAUCUCCAUGGAGUCUUUAAAAGGUGCAGGAGAUUCAGUAAAUGAACAGAAUUUCUGCAGGGGAGGAAUGAAGAGUGCGUCGUUGAAGGAUUUAUGUCUCGAAGACAAAAGACGCAUUGCAAAUUUAAUUAAAGAACUGGCCAGAGUAAGCGAGGAAAAGGAAGUGACCGAAGAACGAUUCCGAGCUGAGCAGGAAUCGUUUGAGAAGAAGAUCAGGCAGUUGGAAGAACAGAAUGAUCUGAUCAUCAAAGAAAGGGAAGCUCUUCAGCUACAGUAUAGAGAAUGCCAAGAACUUCUAAGUCUCUAUCAGAAAUAUCUAUCAGAACAGCAAGAGAAGCUCACCAUGUCUCUCUCAGAACUUGGUGCUGCUAGAAUGCAGGAACAACAGGUAUCCAGUAGGAAAAGCACUCUUCAGUCUUCAGCUAUGGAACUAGAUGGUUCCUACUUGAGUGUAGCCAAAUCACAAUCCUGCUAUCAAACCAAGCAGAGGCCUAAGUCUGCAAACCAGGACUCAGCUUCAGAAGCCCUUCUGCAGUUUAGGAAUAAUUCUUUGAAACCAGCAGACAUCCGUUAUCCCAAAACGGACCUAGACAGGGUGUCAUCAAAGACCAGAACAUGUGACUAUGGAUCUCCAGGGAGAAAACUGGCAGAUGCAGUCCCUACAGAGAAGGUUCCACCAGCAGAACUGAAGAUGAAAGAAUGCCAACCCCUGAAGCUUACUCCUUCCAGUCAGUGUUGUGGUCAUAGACUUUCUGAAAAUGUAGAUCCUAUUCAUGAAAGCCAUCCUACACACAUGGCCCCUCAGUAUUCCAGAACACAUCUGGAAUCAUGCAGUUAUUGUGGGCUCUCCUGGACAUCCCUGAUGCAUGGUCAAGGGACCCAGCAGUCUGGUGAAACUGAUGUCAAAAAGCAACUCUCAGAAAAUAGAAAACAGCAACUUAUGCUUCAGAAAAUGGAGCUGGAAAUUGAAAAAGAGCGCCUUCAGCAUCUGCUGACCCAGCAGGAGACAAAGCUUCUCCUAAAACAGCAGCAGCUUCAUCAGUCUCGACUGGAUUACAAUUGUUUAUUGAAGUCAAAAUGUGAUGGCUGGCUGCUGGGAGGAUCAUCGUCCAUCAAAAAGUACCAAGAGUCCACUAACAGCAAUGAGACUAGAAGGGAGAAGAAGACAGUUGGGUUUCAAUCACAUACAGAAGAUGAUACCCUAUGGACAUGUCAAAAGAAAGAUACAUAUCAACCCCAAAGAGGUAAGCUUAACCACCGCCACAUUAGAAGGCUGCAGUUGAAAAGGCACUUUGAGAAAGGUCGCAUCAGGCCAGCCCUUACAGUGGUGGAGGUUAAUCUCUCCCGGGCCCAG